UUUAUUUUGUCAAUUUUCCCUGAGACUAAUCAUAGUGUCUUAAUGGGGGGAAACGGGUACCUGGAGUGAUUUUACGCACGGCGUAGACAUGGAACACGGACUUUCCAGAGGCAGCUGGCUGCCUGUGACUGGGAUGGUAAUAUGUCUCCUACUGUGUGGCUGUGUAGUGGACUUAGUUCUUGCUCAGAUUCGGUAUUCCAUCCCCGAAGAGCUGGAACACGGAGCUUUUGUAGGUAAUAUUGCUGAAGACUUGGGUUUAGACGUGGCUAAACUCUCAGCUCGCCGAUUUAGAAUAGUGUCGGGGGCAAAAAGACAAUACUUGGAAGUGAACUUGGAAAAUGGCAUUCUUUUUGUAAACGAAAAGAUAGACAGGGAAGAGUUGUGUGACCGCAGUCCAAAUUGUUUCUUACACUUACAAGUGGUUAUUGAAAAUCCAUUGGAGCUGUAUAGAGUGGAAGUAGAGAUCCUAGACGUCAAUGACAACUCGCCCAGCUUCCCAUGGAGCGAGUUUAAUCUUGACAUCACAGAAUCGGCUGCACCUGGCUCUUGCUUUCCAUUAGAAAGCGCACAGGAUCAAGACGUGGGCACCAACUCUCUGCGCUCGUACCAGCUCAGUGCCAACGCGCACUUCAUUCUCAACAUUCAAACGCGUAAUGAUGGCAGCAAGUUUGCGGAGCUUGUGCUGGACACCCCUCUGGACCGUGAGCAGCAGAAAAAGCAUGAGAUGGUUUUGACCGCAUUUGACGGGGGGUCCCCGGAGAGAUCUGGCACUGCACUCAUAACUAUAACUGUGUUAGAUGCCAACGACAAUGUACCAGUGUUUGACCGCUCGGUUUACCGUGCAAGUUUGGUGGAAAACGCACCGAGAGGGACCUUGGUUUUAAAGUUGAAUGCUUCAGAUCUGGAUGAGGGCUCCAAUGGGGAGGUGACCUAUGCAUUCAGCGGACACGCACCGCUCAAAGUGCGUGAGCUGUUCAGCGUGGACCCAUAUACCGGUGAAAUCAGAGUCAAAGGCGUUGUGGACUAUGAGAAAGCCAGUGUGUAUGAGCUCUAUGUCCAGGCAAAGGACCGGGGCCAAUCAGCUGUAGCAGUGCACAGUAAAGUCCUCGUUGACAUUCUGGAUGUGAAUGACAACGCGCCUGAAGUCAUUCUCACGUCAGUGUCCACUCCAGUGCAAGAGGACGCGCCACCGGGAACAGUGAUAGCCGUAAUCAGCGUCAUGGACCGGGACUCCGGAGAGAACGGAAACGUUGACUGUCAGAUUCCAAACAAUGUCCCGUUUCAGCUCCACUCAUCUUUUAAAAACUAUUACACUCUGGUGACAAGCGAGUUUCUGGACAGGGAAGCGGUAUCUGAAUACAACAUUACGCUCACUGCGCGCGACCUGGGUUCUCCGUCGCUCUCCACCAGAAAAACCAUCCUUGUGCAAGUGUCUGACAUUAAUGACAACCCCCCGCGGUUCUCUCAGCCUUCAUACACUGUUUAUGUGACCGAGAAUAAUGCCCCUGGCGCUUCCAUUUGUUCUGUGACAGCGUUCGACCCCGAUUCUAACCAGAACGCCUAUCUGUCCUACUCUAUUCUUGAGGGUCAGAUUCAGGGCAUGCCUGUGUCCACUUAUGUCUCCAUCAACUCUGACAAUGGCAACAUUUAUGCACUGCGCUCUUUUGAUUAUGAGCAACUAAGAAACUUUCAGAUCCUGGUGCAGGCUCAGGACGCCGGGUUUCCUCCCCUCGCCAGUAAUGUUACUGUUAAUGUUUUUGUCUUGGACCAAAAUGACAACGCACCUGUCAUCAUCUCCCCGUUACCAAAAAAUGGCACUUUGGCCACAGAGGUGGUACCGCGAUCCGUAGAUGCCGGAUAUCUGGUUACAAAAAUCACCGCUCUUGAUGCGGACGCAGGACAGAACUCUCGGCUGUCAUAUCAGCUAAUACAGGCUACAGACCCGGGGCUGUUCAGUGUGGCACUUUACACAGGAGAAAUCAGAACUAUACGCAGGUUAGUGGAAAAAGACGCCAUAAGGCAGAGGCUAGUAAUUUUAGUGAAGGACAACGGCCAGCCGCCGCUCUCUAGUACUGUCUCUAUUGUCCUUACUGUGGUAGACAGUGUGCCAGAGUCGCUGUCAGACUUUGGAGACCUGACGCUCAGCCCACAGCCCCCAUCAAACCUGGCUCUUUACUUGAUCGUCUCAUUGAGCACCAUAUCUCUAAUCUUUCUGGUGGCUAUUAUCGUGCUGGCAGGGGUGAAGUGUUACAAGGACAGAGAGACCCUGAGCGGAUACAAUCUACCCCCCUUUGCUUGCUGCUGCUGCGGGGGCUUUCAACCAGAGCCGCCUCCGGAGGCGUUCAAAAAAUCUAAUCUGAACCUUCAGAUCUCCUCUGCUGCAAAAGUGCCCACGAACUGUAUGGAAGCGAAUGGAAACAGCAGUCUAUCGCAGUCAUAUUGUUAUAAAGUGUGCCUAACACCAGAAUCAGCCAAAAGUGACUUUAUGUUUAUUAAACCGUGCACCCCGAGCAGCACGCCACGGAACAAUGAGGCGAAGAGUGCGGACAACUCCUGGAACGCGCAUAGUCGGAGUGCAUCUGUCAACAAUGGAGCGACUACUCCCAGCGAGCUCAAACAGCCAAAUACAGACUGGACUCUCACAAAGAACCAGAACUCAUCUAUUAAAAGUUAUAACUCUAUUAACAUGGAUGGAACCCUUAUGCGCAAAGCAAUGCAUACAGACCCAGAAAACUAUGUGACCUCAAUGGCACCAGGGCAGUACUGGACAUGGGGGACCCACAUGAAGGGCAUGAAAGAAUAUAAGAUGUCCCCUUCGACAAGCAGUGUGCAGUCCAGGCCCUGGACUCCCAGGUGCACACCUCCUCCUCCUCCUCCUCCUCAGCAGCAGCAGCCAUCUCUCCCCACCCACCCGCACCCCCACCCUCCUCCAGACUACCACCACAACGUCUACAUCCCAGGGACACCCUCGGGUUUCUGCACCCUACGGCCCGCAGUACAGCGGAGUGAGCUGGACGUACACAACUCCUUUUCUACCUUUGGAAAAAAGAGACGUCUUCAGAUGUCCCCCCAGGGAGAGGCAGCCAUGAUCACUAAUGACUUGUACAAUGACUGAUCACUUUGAUAUAAUCAAAGCUGAAACUUUAAUAAAGGAUGAACUCAACAUGGUGUCCAAAGACACAGCCCGCAAAUGUUCCGGAACAUAAGAUGUGUGGCACUAGAGAUGCAGCAGUGGAAGCAGCAGAAACCAUGUGUGCUAACCGUC